AUGGCAACUUGGGCAUACCCCCCGCUGCCCACAGAGGAGCUGAACAAUCGGGCCGAUACCGCUUUGGCUCAGGAGCUGGAGUGGCUCUUGCAGUCGCUCCAGGAGUCGCUAGUCUCCUUGAAGGAAGGCCUGCAAGAAUGCGCCGCUCUCUUAGCCCCCCAAGAACCAGGGUCAACUCUGGUUCUAUCAUCAUUGAGAUCAGAGAGUGUUAAAGGCUUCGUCACUCGAAUCGGCACCAAGGUGGUUAAAGGAGAUAUCCAGCUUCGUCUGGCCUCGCUUCCCGCUCCGCGGGGUGCCUCUAGCACCCGUCUCACUCUUUCACAAGGUCCUGAUGCCCCAGAUCUGGUACUACAGCAGCUGGUCUCUGUCCGGAAUCUCGUGAACCAAAGUCUGGACAUUGUGGAUGUGAGCACAUACACGGGUGAUCCGCUCAAUGCGGGAUUCAUAUUCAGCCAGCUGCAUUUAUUGAAAGAGACCAUCAGCGAGGCCCGGCAGAUGCUGAAGGGAGAUGGCAAUGAGCGAGGCAACUGGUGGGAGGCGAGUGCUUCAGACAAUAUGUUUGACCCACCCCCUCCGCCUUACCUUUCAUUCCAUCUUUCAAUUGCAGACUCUGCACUGGUUCUCCUGGUACGUACUCUGGAGAGCAACACGUCUUCCCAGGCACCGACGGCGUUUGCCUCGGACCUAUCCCUCACCGGAUUCUCUCUGAGAGACCGGAUCUUUGGAACCCGGCAACGCGCACAUGACGAGGUAGGGGAUGUCUUCACCUGGCGUGGUGAAGAAGUCCACGUCAAGGAAAAGGUUCGGGUUGAAAGUCAGGACCCGAGCUUGAUGGCUGCAAUGGCCAAGCUGACGGCAUUGGAGCAUGAAGUGAUGCGCUGGGUGAUGGCGCUUCAGAUUCUCAUGGGAAAUGAGGAGACGGAAAGCGAAUGA